AUGGGUGCUCUUGAGAAGCCACAUAAUCUGCAGUAUAGAAAAAGAGAAAGAGAAAAAGAAAAAGAAAAAGAAAAAGAAAGAGAGAUGAUUUGUCAGGGAAAGCAACUUGCAAGCAAGUAAAUAUCCAGGGGUAAAUUGUGCAUAAAAAUGCACAUAAUAGUAAAUGUAGUUCAUGUUGUUUGUUGGCAUCCAUCUAUCUCAAGAGACAAAGGCGUACAUAAGCAGCCCUGAGGGUUCAAGCCUGGGCAGUGUAUAUGGCGGUCCUGGGCUGCCCAGAUGACAAGACCCCCCUUUUUGCCCAACCAGUGUGGUCCAAAGGAAAGCAGAGCAAUAUGUUUACAGAAAUAUGGUUGAAGGAAUUGCUGGAAAGAGAUGUACAAGGCACCAUCCAGCCAUCUUAGGGACUCACCUCUGGAUUUGUUUAGGGUUUACUCCUUAGCCGUUUCUUCUCCCAAAGAUGCCCUCAAGGCGGUGGUGGUUUAGGGUCAGAGUUUUUCUUCUACUAGAUGAGUUGCCUUCCCAGGUUGAUGAGCCCCAUCUGCCUUUCAUUUCCCUCUAAAGCAUGUGCAGAUACCGCCUUAAUGAUCACUGGAUCCACUAUUGGUCUCAUCCACUCAUUCUGUUGGAGCCUGAUGAAAAUGCAUCAUUUUAGGAGAAAUCGCUUUGUAAAAUUGCAUGCAAAUAAGUAUAUAAGUAGAAGAAAUUCCCACUAAAAUGCUGCCGGAUUUUCAUGAGGAGCACGUUGCAGCUGCGGCAGGCCCCUCUGUGCCUUUUAGAGGGUGUGAUUGGCCCUGUCGGGCCUCCUCCUGCCGUGUGACAUCACACACAUGUCAUUCAUGACACUCAUGUGGCGGGCACCCAGCGUGUCUGCCCCCAACCCCAACCCCCCAAUUACAGCCACCCUAUGUCAGGGUGCUGUUGACAGUUCCUGCCCAGGAAAACAGAGAUGCAGAGAAAGAGCAUUUCAGGAAGACACAAGAUUUGCCCACCCGGGAAGAAUGGCAGAUGAAGUUGAUGGACUACAUGGAACUGGCGGAAAUGACUGGCAGAAUCCGAGACCAGGGAGAGGAGUUGGUGGAAGAAGACUGGAAAAAGUUUAAAGACUAUCUACAGAAAUAUUGUAAAAUUAAUGAAUGUUAGAAAAAUGUUGAAAUGAAGUUAUAUGUCUUUAGUAGAAAUAUUAUAAGGAAUUAAGUACAGAAAGGUUAAUAGAGUAUUAAAGGGGAAAAAAUAAGGUUAGAAUGAGUUAAGAUAAUUAUAGGAUAGAAAACAGAGGAAGAUGGAAAGGAAUUGCUGAAAUAAUUAACAGAAGUGGAAUACAAAAAGGGAGGUGUGAGGAGGUCGUGGAAAUAAGUGAAUGAAAGAUGGGAUAAUGAAAUUGGUUGAUUUAUUUUAUUGUCUUAGUCUUGUUUUGUUAAUUUGAUGUGUUGUAUUGUAUUGUUUUUCUUUUCUUUUUUCUUCUUUUUUUAGUGUUUUUGGAAAAAUAAUAAAUAUUAUUUAAAAAAAAGAAGAGAAAGAGCAUUUCUGUUCUUUUAUUUUUCCACACAAGAAGACACAGGGGGAAACACCCUUACGCCCAAGCCAACGUUGCUUGGAGUGUUGUUCCACCACCACUUCCUAGCGACCAGACUCCUCCUGCUGCCUACGGUGGCUGCUAAGGGCCAACCUCCUCUGGGCUUUCUGUUCUGAGACACACAGAGCAAGUCUAGUUCUGGGAGAAGGGGGGCUCAGACAAACUUUCCAGAGACAGUGUUUCACUUGGCUGCUGCACAGAUUCGAACACAUAUGACUCCUGCCUCUGUUCACUGCUACCUUGCUCCUGUUCUUCCUCACCCAUUAUUUCCCAACUCCUUUCCUCUUCUUCUGGGGUGUGACCUGUUUCAAACCACCAGUCCAAUACUUCAUUCUCUUCCACACCCAUUCCCCUGGAAUGCUCUUGGACUGGCGGUCUCCACAGUUCCUCCUCAUGCAAACAGAACAUUCAACAGACUGAACAGCCAAAUGGUCUUAAACACAAAUCCCACCCUGUCUCUCACUAGUAGCCUGCUCACACACCCUGUCUCACAAAAAUGAAUAUUAAAUUGAAGUUGCAGGUGAUGUGCAAUAGGAAAUGAGUCCUGAGAAGCCCUUGGUCUCUCCAGGUCAGCAACCUGGUCAGCAAAGGAACAAACCCAAUUCCCAAGAGCCAGGAUUUCCUUGUACCAAGCAGACAUCUACAACACGGUGCUGCCUCUCUCAGCUUCACCAGGAAUCAGCUUCCCUGAGGGCCAGGAGCUCCUUGUACCAAGGACACGCCCCCCCCCCCAGCUGCAGUCCGGCAGCCAGAGAGUCAUAUGUGGCACUUUCUGCAGGAGCUAUGAAGCCUAAAGAGGGAACGCUGGAGGAACAUCCAAGGCUUGCUUAGUGUUCUGUAACAUUUUGAUUGAUCUUGAUGGAGUGUGGGAUUGGAGGUUCAUUUUAUGGAACAUCAAAAGCUUCCCUUGCAUUUCUCACUACACUGUUUUUUGAGGAUUGUAUAACUACCCACUCCUUUCAUUAAAAAAAGGUAAAGGACCCCUGACAGUUAAGUCCAGUUGCAAACGAUUCUGGGGUUGUGGCACUCAUCUCACUUUACUGGCCGAGGGAGCCGACGUUUGUCUGCAGACAGUUUUUCUGGGUCAUAUGGCCAGCAUGACUAAGCCGCUUCUGGUUUAACCAGAGCAACGCAUGGAAACACCGUUUACCUUCCCCCCAGAGCGGUACCUAUUUAUCUACUUGCACUUUGACGAGCUUUUGAACUGCUAGGUUGACAGGAGCAGGGACCGAGCAAUGGGAGCUCACCCUGUCACAGGGAUUCGAACCGAUGACCUUCCAAUUGGCAAGUCCAAGGCUCAGUGGUUUAGACUACAGAGCCACCCGCAUCCUUUCAGUACCUUUCCCCAAAAGAACAUGUUUGACCAGUAGUUAUUGCAACCUUCAGGGUUUCACUGCUUCCUUCAAGGCAACAGGGACCAGCCUUCUUCUCACUCACCUCCUGGACCCAGUUGUCCAAUCCCCUUUUGCAAGCCCAGUAGCCAAGGAAGAUAAAUAUCAAACAUCCAAGAGGGUUGGGAAGAGAGUGGGCUGAGGUAUGUGCAUGUCCUUCUCCUCCCUCCCCAUCAACAAGAACAAGGUUCAGCUGUAGAGGCAGACGGGAGAUCCGUGCAGCACUGAGAGCAACUGACUUGAAGGAGAAAGGGAGGAGGAAUCUCUGGCAUAGCAGAUCCAAAAAUUCACCUUGGAAGAAGAGGAGACUACAAGGUAAGAUGGAAAGUGAAGGGAACCCCAUGAAUACAGGACAGAAUUGCGGAAGGUCUGGAACUAAAGAGAGGCAAACAAACCCAAGCCUUUCUAUGUGGGGUUACCUUGUGACGAGAAGAGCCUUGAACUUCCUCUGGGAGGAAUAGAGGACCCUUUGUGACCUCCCAGUGAAUGAGAAGAGCUUCACAAUCUCUGAGGGUAGUUUAGCCCAAAGAUCUUACACUGAAGGGGAGCCAGAAGGACUGAAAAGAAUAAUGUGCUGCCCCAAAAUCCCUCCUAUCUCUCCCCCCUCCCAACACAGAUAGCAAUAGCACGUUAGCAUUGGGGAAGCAUUGAAGAAAAAACUAAUCAAGCAGGAUAAAUCCUGCUUGGGCUGGGCUAUUCUUGUGUUAGGAACAGACCAAGGAAGGUACCAGCAAGAAACUCCCAGUGUGAAGGGGUCCUCAGCUUCUCCAGAUCAGCCACUUUGGACUCAGGGGAGCAAACACAUUCCCUGAGAGCCAGGAGCUCAUUUCAACAAGGACAUCCCCAGGUUUCAGGGGACCCUGCCUGCUUCUCGGUGGCCUCAACCUGUGGGGUGUCCUCUUUGUCCUCUGAGGACUCUGUAUCUGGUAUCAUUUUGGGGCUGGGAAGAGAGUUGAAGAAGCUUUAGUAGGUUAGCAUCAUGGAAGCUGAGAGUCCCAGGAAUGGUCCUUAAAUCUGUUCUUCCUCUCCAGGCAGCAUGAAGACCUCUGGGGCUGCCCUCAUCUUCCUCCUUCUUGUGGCUAUUCCAUGUGAGUCCAAUCCUUUCCUCUCCCCUGGUAGUUGUCUUACCAGAGUUGGGACUCCCACUGAAGGGUGUCAUGCCACUCCCUGGGCCCUGGUGGACUUAGGGUGCUCCCGUCUGACUCAGACCCACCCCUGCUCCAUUCCCAUGGGUCCUGCCCCUGGGUCCCACUGAAGGAUUGGCACUGAAAACUUUUAAGGCGAGAUGGGAAACCACUUUCAGAUGGGGGGGGGUCUUCCCUUGUUGGCCACCUUCCUGGGGCCGCAUGUCCAGUGGCACCAAAUGUAGCCACCCGCAAAAGUGAGGCAGAGCAACUGAUAUAACCCAUGAAUUCCAAGCAGGAGGGAAAGGAAGAGGUGUUGUGGUUUUAGCCCGGCCCUCAAUUCUCUCUCCCAUUCCACAGCAAGGGUGCUUUCCAGCCAGGCACAACCACUCAAAGGAGGGGCAGAGGAGGACUAAGGAGAGGCAAGGCCCAUGGAGGGUGCUCUGCAUUCCGACCCACAACUUGAGGCUCCCCUCCCCUGUUUUUCAGCAUAGGAUCAUAGAAGUGGAUGGGACCUCAGGUGCCAUCUUCUCCAACCCCUUCAGUGCAGAAAUAGCAGCUCAAGAAUCCCUGACAGGUGACCUGAGCUCAAAAGCCUCCAGCAAAGCAGACUCCUACACCUUCCAAGGAAGUCUGCUCCACUGCAGUGGCAGACACUGGAGUCUCAGAUUUCAGCAGCACCCUGCGCAACGCCAAAAUUCUGUGCCCCCUUGCCUCUCAUGCUCCAUUGUAAAUCAUAAUUGUGGCGUUCUCAGCAGUGCCCACUGAGACCAUGCUCCCCUACAUCCACCUCUGUCCACUGUCAGUGAGGAAGCACUGCAAAACCAGUGGGAGUCUAUAAACUGUAAAAUGUAUUAUUAUUAUUUUUUAAGGGCCAGGGGAAGUCUGGGGGGAGGGAGAUAAAGAGGCUUGGCGGGGGGAGUGGAGUCAGCAUUUCAACCAAAGGCUUGAGGCUCCCCUUUCCAGCUUGUUCAACUUAAAGUCCUCCCUGCAGAGGCAAGGGGGAGGGAGUGUCCAGUGAUGCUUCAAGUUGACCAAUGCAACUCACCUCCCCGAGCAAGAGCUAUUAAGUAUCCAACAAAAGCAGUCAAUAAAUAACAGUGCCUGCCUUCUCCUGCUUUCAACAGCUGUGGUAUCCAAAAUUUCCUGCUGUGCCACAUAUGCCAAGAAACCAUUCCCAAAGCACCAGAUAAAGGACUAUUCGUACCUCACCUAUCCAUGCAAGAGGGAUGCUAUAGUGUAAGUUUCUGGUGCUGGGUCAAAGCUGAGAGAACACUUGGUUAAGGAUGCUUCAACACUGUGGGUGAAGAGAGCUGAUGGGACGCUUAAGGCUUUGGAGGCCAGUUCUGAGGUUGGGGGAAGGGAUGCAGAAGAGAGACAGAAAAUCAGAAAGAUAGGGAGAAAUUCUCACCUUGGAGCAGGAAGUGACUCCACUUUGAAAAACAUUCAGGAGUUUUAGUAAAGGUAAGAGGUAACAUGAUGGAAGUUCAAAAAAUUAUGACUGGCAUGGUGAAAGUGGAAAGAAUAAAUGCUUUCCUUCCUCUUUCAUAACACUAGAAAUUGUGCACAUUCCCUGAAAUUGAAUGUUGGGAGACUCAGGGCAGAUCAAAUAAAGGACUUCUUAGUAUAGCAGAAAGUCUAAAUAUGAAACUCAUUCCCCCAGGUGGCAGUGAAGGCCACCAGCUUGGAUGGCUUUAAAAGUGGAUUAGACAAAUUCAUGGAGCAAUAUCGAUGGCUGGCAGCCAUGAAGGCUAUGGGCUGCCCCUACAGUCGGAGGCAGCAAUGCCUCUGAAUACCAGUUGCUGGAAAUCACAGGAGGGGAGAGGGGGCUGCUGCUCACAUUCUCCUUGCUGGUUUCUCACGGGGAUCUGGUUGGCCACUGUGAGAGCAGGAAGCUGGACUAGAUGGGGCAUUGGCCUGAUCCAGCAAGUCUCUUCUGAUGUUCUUGUGUUCCCAUGGGAUCUGCUACGAUGCCCAACUAGGGAUGGAUGAAACUCUCCAUUUCACAUUUGCCUGGUUUUGCAGUUAUGUUCAGUUUGCCCAAUUUAAAUGAAGGUCUUCUAAUCUACGUGCAUUUCUGCAAGCUGCUUCCCCACAACAGGAAGUAUUUUUGCACCUGAUUUUUCCCAAUGAGUACAUCCCUGCAUGCUCCAAUUUGCUGAAAAACUGAAUGGCAAAAUUCAGAGAAACAUGAAAUUUUGGAGGCAAGCCACAUCUUGCAUUGGAUUUGGAAGUGUGAAUUUGAUAGGUACACAUUAAGUUGGGGAGCAAAUUAAUUUCUCUCCCUCCCCCCUCCCCCGCCACCACCCUUUACACCUCCCUACAAUGGCAGGACGUUUGAAAAAUGAAAGCUCGGAGUCUUGGCACCAAAUGCAAUGGCACCAUUCAAAAUCUGGUCCUCUCUGUAGCACAUUGUAAAUGCCUGCUUUCCCCCCUGACAGAUUCAAAUUCAAGAAUGGUAAGUUCGGCUGUGCUAAUCCAGACGAUGAAUGGGUGCAUGAUCUUGUGGCACAUGUGGAUAAGUUGUAUGAACGUCCUUCUCCUGGCAACUAG